AUGAAUCUACUACCGGGUACGAGCCAGGUUAUUGCCGCCCUGGCAUUUCUGGGAAGCCUCACAUCCGCGACUCUGACUUCGUCUACUAGUUCUUCUACACAGACCGGAGCAACAUAUCCUAACGGAUUCGACAUCUCUAAAAGCUGGGGAAACCUCAGCCCCUACAAGGAUGGCAACUUCGGUCUACCGAAAGGCGUUCCCCAUGGUUGCGAGUUAUCACAAGCCCACGUACUCCAUCGACAUGCUGAGCGUUUCCCAACCUCAGGCUUGCUGAAUGUGGAUGCGAUGAGGAAUUUCCAUUCAAAACUCGUGAACUACAGCAAGGCCCACCCGAGCAAAGCAAUCGGUCGAGGGCCACUGAGAUUCUUGAACGAUUGGACAUAUUUGCUUGGAGAAGACCUUCUGCUGGCUAGUGGUGCUGCGACAGAAGAUACCGCUGGGGCUGACUUCUGGAGGCGAUACGGACGGCUGCUCUACCGUAGUGAACCUGGGGCUGCGGCUUGGGAUCCCUCACUGAAUAAAUAUCCUAAUGGGACUUCGCGACCCAAACCGGUAUUCAGAACUACCUCGCAGUCGAGAAUUCUGGAAAGCGCUCGUUGGUGGUUGAGUGGCUUCUUUGGAAACAUUGGUGCCAACAGCUCCUAUUCACAAUAUGACCUUGUUAUCAUUCCCGAGGCUGACGGAUUUAACAACACAUUGGCCUCUAACAAGGUCUGUCCGAGUGAUUCUGAUGUGGGGGAUAAUACAGCAUCUGACUUCAUAUCCAGAUACUCAAAGAAGGCCCUAACCAGGCUAUCUACAUUCCUCCCUUCAGAAUUUAACCUCACUGCUCUGGAUGUCCUAGCAAUGCAGAACCUCUGUCCAUAUGAAACCGCCACUCUCGGAACCUCCGCAUUCUGCUCCCUAUUCACUGAACAGGAAUGGCGUGACUAUGCAUAUAGCAUCGAUCUCAGUUACUAUAUUGAUUACUCCUUCGGCUCCCCUACUGGCCGGGCAGAUGGAAUUGGAUAUGUGCUCGAACUUGCCGCACGGCUGCAGUUGAAGUUGAUCCACUCCAGUGACACCAGUAUCAACUCGACAUAUGAUGACAACACCGCUCAAUUCCCUAUGGAUCAGCCGUUCUACAUGGACAUGUCUCAUGAAAAUAUCAUACUUUCGGUCCUGACGGCCCUCGGGCUGGAUCACUUCAAAUAUGGCCCGCAUGGCCUCCGGAGUUCAGUUGACCAUGCGAUUCCGCACACUUUCCAGCUGGGAAAUAUGACUCCGUUCGGUGCCCGUUUGGUCUCUGAGAUUUGGACAUGCCCAUAUAAUACGUCAUUCAAUGGUCUGAGUUCUACACUUUACACGAACCCUGACCUGUCUACAUUCACCAACACGAAGGACUACAUCCGAUUUGUUUUGAACAAUGCACCAUUGCCUCUGAGUGGACUGCCUGGUUGUGAGAAACAUUCAAAGAAUGGGUUUUGUCCGGUCGACACAUUUCUUCGUACGGUCCCUUUGUUGAAGAAGGAUGCGAUGUACCAGUAUGCGUGUUUCGGAAAUUACUCCAUUGAUGGACAGGUUGGGAAUGGGCAACCCGAGUAG